AAUUAAAAGGAGAGUGCAAUUUAAAGAUGUCAAAAGAUGAAUUACGUCUAUUGGAUUUCUGGGCAAGCCCAUUUUGCAUGAGGGUUAAGAUUGCUCUAGCUGAAAAGGGUGUUGUCUAUGAAUCUCAAGAAGAAGACUUAUUUGGUGGCAAAAGUGAGCUGCUUCUCAAAUCAAACCCAAUUUAUGAGAAAGUUCCAGUUUUGUUGGACAAUGGAAAGCCAGUUGUAGAGUCCAAUAACAUUGUGUAUUAUAUUGAUGAGAAGUAUCCUUCUCCUAAUUCUUUGUUGCCUUCUUGUGCUUAUGGCCGCUCCCGUGCACGUUUCUGGGCUGACUUCAUCGACAAAAAGGUAUUUGACGGAGGAAUGGGCAUAUGGAAGAGCAAAGGAGAGGAACUAGAAACUGCAAAGAAGGAUUUCAUAGAAAUCUUGAAGAAGCUUGAAGGAGCCAUGGGUGACAAGGAUUACUUUGGAGGAGACAACUUUGGGUACGUUGAUGUCAUUGCCAUUGCCAUGACUUCUUGGUUCCACGCUUACGAGGUUUUCGGGGGUUUUAAGAUUGAAGAAGAGUGUCCUAAAUUUGGGUUCUGGAUGAAGAGAUGCCUUAAGAGGGAGAGUGUUUCCAGUGUUCUUCCAGAUCCUGAAAAGGUAUACCAGUGUGUUGUCAUGCUCAGAAAGAUGCAUGGCAUUGAAUAGAGCGGAUUUUGUGGAUUCAACUGAACACGUUAUUUCGAAUAUGAAUACACAUGGAAAAACUUAAAAUAAAAAUGUACAUGUAUAAUAAGAUCAUGUACAUGUAUAAUACGAUUAUACUCGUUCUGAACCCAUGAAUUCUAGCAUUUGGAUUCGCCCCUGACAUGCUGGAUAUCAUCCUUUACUCUCUUUUUUUCCUUUUGUGAUUUGGGCUUCAAGUGUUUGCCUCUUUCUGAGACAAAAAAAUAAGUGCGCUCUCGUAGCGGACUUCCCGAGUGUAUUUGAGCUUUUAUUUAUAGAAAAGUGUGCAUUUGAGUUUC